CCACAUCUUGCGUCUCUAGUCAUACAGUGGAAAAAGCACGAGCCCAACAACGCGCUGGGUCAGGAAGACUGUGUGAUGAUGGACUCCAACGGCCUUCUGAGUGAUGUAUCUUGUGACUCCUCUCAUCACUAUAUAUGUUCAAGGUCCGCAGACGAAAUCAAAGAUUGUGGCGGUGGAUGGACCUUGAUCCACCAAGCUUGCUACAGAAUUUCCGCAAAGACCGCGGCGUGGCUCGACGCCCACAACGAAUGUCAGGCAGACGGAGGAAGCCUGCUUACUGUGAAAACUCUUUACGAACUAGGGAAAAUACUACUGGAAGCAAAAGGGUGAGCAGUCGGUGGUUGGUAGGGAGGAUUUCUACAGUCAGAAGCACUUGGGAGUGGGUUGAUUCAACGACAGUCUUCUCAAGCCUAGCUAUACCGUGGGAGGAAAACGAGCUCAGUCCUGACAGUGACAGAGACUGUGCAGAGAUGGACUACAGCGGUCUACUGAAUGAUGCUCCAUGUCACUCUUUGCUCCCCUACAUCUGCGAGAAACCGUUAAUGGACCACUCAAAGACUUGUGAUUUUAUGUGGGACCUACUCAAUGGUAUUUGCUAUGUUCAUUUCACACGUGCCAUGUCGUGGUCGGACGCGCAAGAAAGCUGCCAGAAAUCUGGAAGUAACCUGCUGUCUAUCAAUUCUUUGGACGAACGGACAUGGGUGCUGAGAAUGUUAAAAGCAAAAAGCAGAAGGUGGUGGGUUGGACUGCAGAGGACUUCACCGGGUAACGACACGUGGAAAUGGCUCGAUUCAGUCACAGACUUUUCCAGCCAUGUUACUCCGUGGGGCACGAACGAGCCUAACAACAUGGGAGGUGAUGAGGACUGCGCAGAAAUUUCCCCACGUGGUCAACUCAAUGAUGAGUCGUGUUCGGAGUCUUUCGGCUUCAUUUGUGAGAAAUCUUCAAAUGCGACACCUGAAAACAGAGCCGAGAAAUGCGGAAUGGACUGGAUUUUCUUCAAAAAUGCUUGCUAUAAGCUGUCCACAAACCAGAUGAUUUGGUCGCAGGCCCGGAAGAAGUGCGAAGAGGGUGGGGCCAACCUGCUGUCUAUAAAUUCUGUAGACGAAAUGAUUAUGAUACAGUCAGAGAUAAGAAAGGUGAGCGAACGAUGGUGGAUAGGGCUGAAAAGGACACCAGGUCUCCAGACAAAGUCACCGACAGACUUACUCAGUCAUGCCAUGGCGGAGUCUUACUGUGUGGAGAUGACCCCUGGUGGCUUUCUCAGCUAUACAAAUUGCAGUGACAUUCGACAAUUUAUAUGUGAAGAUCGGAAAGGACAAGUACAAAUUUGUCGAGAGAAUUCGUGUUUUGAGGAUUUUCUGAUCCUGCAAAGCCUUUGUGUUACCGUUUACGAGACGGAUUUUGCUCAAGUCAUUGGCUAAACCACUUAAUGAUGUUCAUUUAUUCGGUAAGUAAGACGAAAAUUAUACUUUUAUUAUUUUAAUGCUCAAUUAAUUUUGCUCUAUUGAAAUUUUAAACUUCAAGAAUAAAGAGUACCUUUCUGUUCAUGAUAGUGGUCUUAAAUGCUUCAUGAAUAGUAUAUGGUAGUUCAAUAAUAUCAAACUAAAAUACAACACGCAGUAACUGAAAUAAUUUGUCAUAAUAAGUAGUGUGAAUCAUUGUAAAUAAGAAGUUUGUAUGGAUAUUAUUUUUUUAUUAUGUGACACGUUAAUUUAAGUAAACUUUCUGGUUUAAAGUGGAGGACGACCAUACCAAUCACUUGUUUUUAAUAUUUUGAUAAGAUCAUUAAUGUUUUUGUAGAUUUUAAUAGUCUUAUCUUUCACUAAUUCUUAUGUUCGAUAAAUGUUUAUUUUCAUUCAUUUAUUCCUGCAACUGGUACCGGAGAUGAACUCACGCCAGAGGCGGGUCUUGAGCCUGCAUGAGAAGGUCCCCUAGUGAACAGUCGAUCCACUCCGACAAGCUUUUCUUCUGUUUGGAGAAACUUCGCAGCAUUUAGUAAAUUAAAUUAAAAUAGCAAAUAUUUGUGCUAGCAAAUUACUAAGAGAUAUGCAAGCACUGUGAAAUAAUGACUGAUAACGAAAUGAGAUGGAUCUAUUAAAAUUUCUUUAGAACUAUGAAGAACUUACACAUGGCUCUGUGUACACAAAAUCACUAGCACCAGAGUGUAUUUACAACAGAAGCCAUAUCAUUAUGAUUCAGACAGUAAAUGCAAAAUAAUAAUUAAUUUAAUAACAAUGGCAGUACAAGGGCAGCAGUUGCACUUGUCAUCUCGGUGCAUUAACAAAAUCAUGAUUCCCAGUCACUUGAUUCCCGACACUUAAUCCCCUAGACUUUUAAUCCCUAAGCACUUAAUCCCCACACACUUAAUCCCUAAACUAAGCUCUUAACUAUAAAAAUUAUUG